UGACCUGCUGACAUUGAGGCCAGCUCGUCCUUAUUAAUUAGAAGCCGCUAUUAAGGUGGGAGGGGAGGUUUUGCGGCUCCAUUGUCCCCUGUGUCCCUGCACCUGCGGCUCCACUCACCGGGGACACGUUCUGCCCAGGGAGGGGGACCUACGCUGACACCCCCCCAUCUUCUCUCCCCUCCAGGUGGUCGUGGGAGACGCAGGGAGCUGGCAUGGCACAGCCCACUGCACCCCCCCCCUACGAUGACAAGAACCCCCUCUAUCCCCCACCCCCGGGAGGGUACCCCCAGCCCCCCCACUAUGCCGGGGGGUACCCGCAGCCCGGGGGAUACCCUGCAGCAGGGGGGUACCCCCAGCCGGGAAUGACCAUGCCCACCAUGCCUAUUCGGUUCGGUGAUGAUGGCAUUGGGGAUGGCUCCCCCCUCCAGUCGGCUGACUGGGAUGACAGGAAAGUUCGGCACACCUUCAUCCGCAAGGUCUACGCCAUCAUCUCUCUGCAGCUACUGGUGACGGUGGGGAUCAUCGCCGUGUUCACCUUUGUCUCCCCUGUCCGCUCCUUCGUCCAGAGGAAUGUCGCCAUCUACUAUGCCUCGUAUGCCGUGUUCCUGGUGACCUACCUGGUGCUGGCCUGCUGCCAGGGUCCCCGGUGAGUCGCUGGUGGCUAGGACCCCUGGGGUGGGGGUGUGUGGAUAUG